UAGUUCUUCGCAGCGGACGCACAUCUAUAGUGCUCAUUAUCGACUAAUAUGAAUUAAACUACACGUCCCAACGUCGCGCCACGGGCUCUCGUAGUUGUUGUGAACGUGUAUUUUGCGCUCGCACGACCGGUUGCUUCUAAAUUUGGCUCCGCCAGCGAGCAGGGCUGCUCCAGUCGACGAGGUGGUCUCCCCGCCGGUGCCGUCACGAGGAUGUGAAACAUUAACGGGGGUUCUGUAGGGAAAUUAACCGAUGCGCCGCGUGACGACGGGGCGCCGUGAUAGAAGCUGAGUCGCGGACGAGCAAGGUCACGACGUGUCAAAAGUCGCUGCUUUGCAGAGUAAAAUCUGAGAAAAUAGAGGAUUUCGUUGUUAGUUCAGAGGGAGAAUGUUCAGCAUUGUGCGCAUAGACUCACGCGCUGGAGAUUUUGGAGAGGACUGAGACAACUCCUGCUUUGAAUGUCACACCGAAUCGACUUUUGCAAUACUGUCUGAACAGAACGAUGGUCGGCCGGAGGUCCGAGGAUGUUUCCACUCUUCACGGAACCAGCACAUCUAGCCCACAAACCGGCUACUGACUGACCCCUGUUUUUUUUUUUUUACGCACGGGGAGAGAGAUAUCCGUGCCCGCACGUUUUGUUCCCCGUGUUUAUGUGGAUACACUUUGCGUUCCACUUUUAAAUGAUUCGAGAUCUGAGCAAGAUGUACCCCCCGGCACGGCAUCCGCCGGGACAGCCACUAAAGUUCACUGUCACCGAGUCCUGCGACCGGAUCAAGGAGGAGUUCCACUUCCUGCAAGCCCAGUAUCACAGUCUGAAAAUGGAGUGUGAGAAACUGGCCAGUGACAAAACGGAGAUGCAGAGACACUAUGUCAUGUACUACGAGAUGUCGUACGGACUCAACAUCGAGAUGCACAAGCAGGCGGAGAUCGUCAAGCGGCUGAACGCGAUCUGCGCCCAAGUCAUCCCUUUCCUCUCUCAGGAGCAUCAGCAGCAGGUGGUGCAGGCGGUGGAGCGGGCCAAGCAGGUCACCAUGGCUGAACUCAACGCCAUCAUAGGACAGCAGCAGCUCCAGGCUCAGCACCUCUCCCACGGCCACGCCAUCCCCGUCCCGCUCACACCGCACCCGGCGGGCCUCCAGCCCCCCCUGCCCCUCGGGGCCGGCACCACGGCCAGCCUGCUGGCUCUGUCCUCCGCCCUAAACCACCAACUGCCGCACAAAGACGAGAGGAAGCACCACGACAACAGCGGUGAACACCCGAGAGACAGAGACUCGGUCAAGAGCUCAUCCGUGUCUCCCUCGGCCAGUUUUCGGAACCGCGAGAAGCACAGGAGUUCGAGCGACUACUCCUCCGACAGCAAGAAACAGAAGACGGAUGAGAAGGAAUUGGCCCCUACGCGCUAUGAAAGUGACGGAGAGAAGAGCGACGACAACUUGGUGGUGGACGUCUCCAACGAGGAUCCAGCGUCUCCCAGAGGAAGUCCUGCCCACUCGCCUAGGGAGAACGGAUUGGACAAGAGUCGCCUGACGAAGAAGGACGAUCCGCUGAGUCCGUCCUCCAUCGCCUCCUCCAGCAGCACGCCUUCUUCCAAAUCCAAAGAGAUUAAUUUGAAUGAGAAGUCCACGACGCCCGUGUCCAAGUCCAGCACCCCCACCUCCCGCUCAGACGCCCCGACGCCGAGUAGCACCUCCACCCCGGGCCUGAGGUCCGCACCGGGCAAACCCCCAGGAGUCGAGACGCUGGCUCCUGGUCUUCGUACGCCGCUGGCGGUGCCCUGCCCGUACCCAAGUCCGUUUGGAUUGGUUCCCCAUCCGGGCAUGAAUGGAGACCUGAGCGGAGCCGGGGCAGCCUACACCGGCCUGCACAACAUUUCUCCUCAGAUGAGCGCGGUGGCCGCCGCUGCAGUGGCAGCUUAUGGACGCACACAAGUGGUGGGAUUUGAUCCUCACCACCACAUACGUGUCCCUGGCCUUCCCCCUAACCUGUCAGGCAUUCCUGGGGGAAAACCAGCCUACUCCUUUCACGUGAGCGCCGACGGACAAAUGCAGCCCGUGCCUUUCCCCCCGGACGCGCUCAUCGGCCCCGGCAUCCCACGCCACGCGCGCCAGAUCAACACCCUCGCCCACGGGGAUGUGGUGUGCGCCGUCACCAUCAGCAACCCGACGCGUCAUGUCUACACCGGCGGCAAGGGCUGCGUCAAGGUGUGGGACAUCAGUCACCCGGGAAACAAGACCCCCGUGUCCCAGCUGGACUGCCUCAACAGAGACAACUACAUCCGCUCCUGUCGGCUACUUCCUGACGGGCGGACUCUGAUCGUCGGGGGCGAGGCGAGUACUCUGUCAAUCUGGGAUUUGGCUACACCGACUCCGCGGAUCAAGGCAGAGCUGACGUCGUCCGCGCCCGCGUGCUACGCUCUGGCCAUCAGCCCCGACUCCAAGGUCUGCUUCUCCUGCUGCUCCGACGGAAACAUAGCCGUGUGGGAUCUGCACAACCAGACGCUGGUUAGGCAGUUCCAGGGCCACACCGAUGGAGCCAGCUGCAUAGACAUCUCUAAUGAUGGGACCAAGCUGUGGACUGGAGGCCUGGACAACACCGUGCGGUCGUGGGACCUGAGGGAGGGACGGCAGCUGCAGCAGCACGACUUCACCUCCCAGAUCUUCUCACUGGGAUACUGUCCAACGGGUGAGUGGCUGGCAGUCGGGAUGGAGAACAAUAACGUGGAGGUCCUGCACGUCACCAAACCUGACAAGUACCAGCUCCACCUGCACGAGAGCUGUGUGCUCUCACUCAGAUUUGCUCACUGUGGUAAGUGGUUUGUGAGCACGGGAAAAGACAAUCUGCUCAACGCAUGGAGAACCCCGUAUGGAGCCAGCAUAUUCCAGUCGAAGGAGUCGUCCUCCGUGCUGAGCUGCGACAUCUCCAUAGACGACAAGUACAUUGUGACGGGCUCGGGAGAUAAGAAGGCGACCGUCUAUGAGGUCAACUACUAGGAGGUGGAGGCCACGCUUUCCAGCCGGGCGUCCCCACCGCCUGUGUACAGUUUUUAACGUGUAUGAAACGGAUUUGAGUGGAACCAACCAAACCAAACUUGAUUCUUUCUUGGACCUUUCUAGCUGGUCGUGGAUCAAAACAAACAGCAGAACCAAGCACAGAGAUUUUUUUUUUCCUACUGAGUGGCUUUCUUUGUUGUCGGGAGGAUGAGUGAAUGUCCGUGUGCACUGAGUCUGGAGAGGCUGCUGUUGUUACUGCGUUACACUUUCAGCUGUUGUUAAAAGUGUAACAUUCCUUUACAACCUUUCGGCCUCUUUUUUUUUUUUUUUUUUUUUUUUUUUUUUUUUGCACGGACAAGCAGCUACGUCGUUCACAUGCUUGCCUUUGUGCUCGGUGCGAACCUGCCGGCUUUUUACAAAGAAUCAAGGCCAGACCAAGACACCAGAAUUGUUUCUUUUAGAAUUUGGCACAUCAUGAAGACAAUUAAUUAAAAAUCGCAACACUUGAAAGGGUUACUGUAAGGUCAAUGUAAAUAUCACACUGGGGAAAUUUCCCUGCAAAACCUUGAACAUCCUUGUUCCACAUCCUGAUAUACUGACCCUCAUUUACGUAGAUGCACUUAACACGUAUUUAUUUAUUCCAAAAGAGCUUCCUGUGGGUACAUGCAUUUUUUGAUUGUUUUGUUUGCACAGCUUUUACUAAUGUGAGAUCUAAAUUUAGUGUUGUAAUUCUUUUCAACACAUUCUGAUUUCCAACUUGUCAAAUACCGACGCUUGGUCAGUGGCCCUGGGCUUCUAACUAUGACGCUCUACGCACAGUUUAAUAUUGAAUUCCACUGCUCUUCUUGGCAAGACCCGCCGAUUUAUGCUAAGCUAAUCUGACCAGCUGCUGGCUGCAGCUAAGUAUGUACCGUUCUCACAUGAACUGUUCCUUGAAAUGCAGCUUUUGUCGAUUAACUUUUGAUAUUUAUUUCCAUCAAUGUUUUCAUUUAUUUUCCCUCAUAAGUGUGUGUGUGUGU